AAGAAAUCCUACAUCGAUGCCGUUCUGUGUUUGUCACAUACAAAGGCCAAAUCCGGCAUUGAAGGAGCUGUAAACCGAUUCGAUGAUCAUCAAGCUGUUCACAUGCUCCAGAAGCCUCAGAUCCAUUGGGUUGGUCACUUCCUUCUAUGGCACCGGUACUUCACGGCAACCUACGAAAAGGCAUUGAGGGAUGAAUGCGGAUAUGCUGGAGGCCAACCAUACUGGGAUUGGUCUAUAGAUGCCGAACCGCAUAACGAAUCAUCCACCCGUCCGUUUGAUUCAGAGAUCUUCAAUCCAGACACAGGUUUUGGUGGCAACGGCUCGCCCGUCGCAGCUACUCCUGCCCAAAAUCCCUUGAACAUUACAGGCAACACCGGUGGAGGAUGUGUAAUGAACGGGCCAUUCGCGCCUCCCCACUUCACAGUGAACGUGCCCACUCCACACUGCUUGAAACGAGACUUUGUUCCGUGGAUUGUCAAUCGAAUGGCAGACAAACGACUGGUCGAAGAGGUCCUGGCACAACCGGAUUAUACGAGUAUUGCAAGGACAGUUGAGAAGCAGCGAAGCUUUGAUCCUCCCAACAUUCAUGCCAGUGGCCAUUUUGGUAUCGGUGGCAUCCUGGGUACCAUGGGAAACGCGGCGGAGAGCCCUGGUGACCCACUCUUCUACCUCCAUCAUGGCAACAUUGACCGCAUCUUUUGGGAAUGGCAACAAGAAGAUCUCGAGACGCGUCUCAAUCAAGUCGGUGGGCCCAUUACGCCUUUUGAUUACAGCGGCAAGAACGUUACAUUGGACUUUACCAUCAACAUUGGCUUGUUAGCAGGGAAUGCCACGCUCAAGGACCUGUUGAAUACAGAAGGAGGGACGCUCUGCUACACGUAUUAG